AUGCAACAGAACAGUACUGUAACUGAAUUUGUACUGUUGGGAUUGACACAGGAUCCUCUUAAGCAGAAGAUGGUGUUUGUAAUCUUUUUAAUUUUGUAUAUGGGAACCACGGUGGGUAAUACCCUUAUCAUUGUGACCAUCAAGUUCAGCCGGGCACUUGGGAGCCCCAUGUACUUCUUCCUGUUAUAUUUGUCCCUCACUGAUUACUGCUUUUCAACAUCUAUAGCCCCCAGACUCAUUGUGGAUUCCCUAUCGGCAAAGAAAACCAUUUUCUAUAACGAGUGCAUGACACAAGUCUUUGCUCUGCAUCUCUUUGGCUGCAUGGAAGUCUUUGUCCUCAUUCUCAUGGCUGUGGAUCGCUAUGUGGCCAUCUGUAAACCCUUGCAUUACCCUAUCAUUAUGAGCCGGCAGGUUUGUGUCAUCUUGAUCAUUCUUGCCUGGAUAGGGUCCUUUAUACACUCCACUGCUCAGAUCAUCUUGGCUUUGAAAUUGCCAUUCUGUGGACCCAACUUGAUUGACCAUUAUUGCUGUGACUUGCAGCCCUUGUUGAAACUUGCUUGCAUGGACACGUAUAUGAUAAAUCUGUUAUUGGUGUCUAACAGUGGUGCGAUUUGCUCAAGCAGUUUCAUAAUCUUGCUGAUCUCAUACUUUGUCAUCUUACAUUCUCUGCAAAACCAUAGUGCAGAAGGGAGGAAAAAAGCUCUCUCCACCUGCACAUCUCACAUCAUUGUGGUUUUCCUCUCCUUUGGCCCCUGUAUAUUCAUAUAUGCACGGCCCCCAACCACUUUCUCCAUGGACAAGAUGGUGACAGUGUUUUAUACCAUUGGCACACCCUUUCUCAACCCGCUGAUCUACACACUUAGGAAUGCAGAAGUAAAAACUGCCAUACGAAGGUUAUGGCAUAUUUAA